AUGAAUACAGACGAUAACGCAGGAAUGGCACUUUACACCUCAAGGAAAAAGAAAGCAGGAAAGGCCAAGGGAGACCAAGAAGAGCCAAGGGUGGAGGAGCCAGGAAAAUUGUCUGUGGGACCUUUCUGUGACAGCCCUGUAUGUUUUGGGCACAAGAGGGAAAAAGAAGAUAAUAUUGAAGAUGCAAAACUACGGUCAAAGAUAAGCAGCAUACUGGACUCACAGUCAUCCAAGGGUGGUGUUUCUCCACACUUAGGAGGACGGGACGAGAGACCACCCACUCUCAAAUCCGGUUCAGGCGCAUCGUCGCCUAUUCCUAACAAUCGAUGGGUACCACCCAGCAGUGGUCCAAGGGAUGGUGUCAAACCCAAAGACAAAAAUGACCAGAUAUUUAGACGUGUCAGAGGAAUUCUUAAUAAGCUCACACCAGAAAAGUUUGAUAAGCUGAGUUUAGAACUUCUAAAUGUAGGGAUUGAAACCCAAGUUAUCCUUAAAGGAAUUAUACUUCUGAUAUUUGAGAAGGCUUUGGAAGAACCUAAGUACAGCUCAUUGUAUGCCCAGCUGUGUCAUAGAUUAUGUGAGGAUUCCCCAAACUUUGAUCCCCCAUCUAGUAACGUCUCAACUUUCCGAAGGCUCUUGUUGAACAAGUGUCAAGAUGAGUUUGAGAACAGAUCUCAUGCUACAGAAGCAUUUGACAAGAAGGAUGUGGCUCUCACGGAGGAGGAAUGUGAGCAGUACCACAUUGUCAAGAAAAAGAUGCUUGGCAACAUCAAGUUCAUCGGUGAACUUGGCAAACUGGACAUGUUGCAUGAAGGGAUUCUGCAUAAGUGCAUCAAGCAACUUUUGGAGAAGAAAAAGAAUGCUCAGCUUAAGGAUAUGUCAGAAGACCUUGAGUGUCUGUGUCAGAUAAUGCGCACCAUUGGCCCGCGCAUUGAUACACCAAAGGCGCGGGCAUGGAUGGACACUUACUUUGAGCGAAUAAAUCAGUUUGCUACCAAUAGCGACCUGGCCUCUCGCAUUCGUUUCAUGCUUCAGGAUGUUAUAGAGCUUCGUGAGAAUGAAUGGAAACCAAGAAAAAUAGCCUCAGAAGCAGGGCCUAAAACUAUCACACAGAUAAGACAAGAAGCCAAUGUUAAUGGUCGUGGUAAUCAAAACAACCAAUCAUUGCUCCAGUCUCGAAUGAAUAUGACAAAUAUUCCUGGGAGUAGCUGGAAAGGUGGAAUGGGAGAUAUAUUUAGCAUGCCAGUUGGCUCUAUGGGCAAUGCAAUUGGUGUUGGUCCAGGAGUUAUACAGAUGGACCCGUUUUCUUCCAUGCCUUCAACAUUCAACAAUUUGAAUAGAAAUAGAUUCAACCAGCAGAAUCCUAGUUACCAAAACAAUUUCCAAAAUAAUUUCAACAAUAAAGGGCGUGGUAAACCUCAACAGCAGGAGGGUGCCAAUAAUACUAGCCCAAACAACCAGCGCAGAAACAAUCAAGGUGGUUAUAAUAAUCAGCAGGGAGGAGGAGCUGUUUACAACAACCAGCAGCAAAACUUUCAACCAAAUAAUCACUUUCAGCAACAGCAGCACCAAAACAAACAAGGAACUGCUGGAGUGAACAGAGAUUUACCUCCAAGAUUCCAACGUAUGGCACAGCAACAGAAUCAACAGACACAAGUUGGACCUGUAACCAAUGGCAUCCACAACAUGUCUGGCUCAGUUGGAUCUGCUCCUCUGGGAGCACCUAACCAACCUUCUCCAUCUAGCUCUCCACCACUGACCAUUACUCCACCUGUGGUUAAUGGUAUCAAGGAAGAAGUAAGCCUUCGUCCUGUGAAAAAUUUCACUAUGUUUAAACCCAACACUCCAUCAAUGCUGCCACGCUCAGCACAAGCCCAAAAUCCAGCACCAAGGGAGACAGGAUUUGCAGCCAAGAAAAGCACAGAUAUUUCUGAAAUGCUUAACCCACUAUUGGACAAACAGCAACAACAGCAGAACCAACCAUCUGCAACCAAGCAAACAAAAGAUGAAAAAACCAAAUCACCAGUGAAAGAGAAAUUGACUAAAGAGAAGAUGAUUGAUAAAUUGACUUACCUUUUGUCAGAAUGUUAUAUAAGCCACAGCCUGUCUGAUGCUGUGGCUGACAUUAAAGAUAUGAGUGUCCCACGCAAGAUGAUUCCAGAUCUUCUUGCAAAAAUAAUGCUUGAUUCACUUGAGAAGACUGAGUCAGAGCAGGAACUAUCAAUGAGAUUAAUUGAUGAGUUGAAAACUGAGCACAUCAUUACUUCUGAUCAGUUUAUGGAGGGUUUUCAGCAAGUGUGUAACAAGAUGAGUGAAUUGGAAACUGAUGUGCCUCUUAUCAAAUCAAUUAUGGCAAGGUUUGGUGCCAUGGCAACAACUUUAGAUUUAGUCACCUUAUCCGACCUGGCUGUGCCAUUUGAAGGGGGUGUUCAUUACCCGUUGUUUCUUCUGUGCCUCCAAAACAUGCACAGAAUCAAAGACAAAGAAUGGCUGGUUGAUACUUUCAGCAGAAGUAAACUUGAUCUACAAAGAAUGUUGCCCGAACUUGACCAAAACAAAGAGCGCUUCAUGGAAAUAUUGGAAGAUCGUGGGCUCAGUUUUAUGUUUCCAUUACUUCGUAUACAAGCGGAGCUUGCAAGACAAAUUGCAGCAGAACCAUCUGCUACUGCAUUAUACAAAUGGAUCAAAGAGAAAGUAGAGGUACCUCUACAAACUGACCCUGGCUUCAUUAACAUUCUUGUUACCAGCCUCCUCAAGUACAUUACUUCAGAAAGUACACUUAAACCAAACUCAGAUGCAACUGUGACACCAGAAAAAGCACUGAUGGAGAAAGAAAAAGAUUUAUUGGACCAGCUUAAAGGCGUACUUCAACUAUUUUUACAAGACCAUGCAAACCUGCAAAUGGCUGCCCUGUAUGCAGUCCAGGUUUUCUGCCACUCACAUGGAUUUCCUAAAGGAAUGUUUCUACGCUUCUUUGUCAAUUUGUAUGACAUGGAGGUUAUUGAUGAAGAAGUUUACCUGCGAUGGAAGGAAGAAGUAAAUGACCAGUACCCUGGUAAAGGAAAGGCUCUUUUCCAGGUGAACCAGUGGUUAAACUGGCUACAGACAGAUAACGAUGAUGAAGAAUCUGAAGAGGAAGAUGAUUAGUGACUUGAUUGUCCCUGCAAUUAUUAAGUCAACCAAUUCAGUACAACCCACUCACUGGGUUGUUACUAAAGACAAUUUCUAAAAUUCCUGGCUGAGUUAAGCAUGGAAUUUUGAUCAGAGUUCAGUGUAGUUAGGUGUAGGCUAUGUGGAAUAGAAUUAGCUGACUUUAAAAAAAAACUUUUAUCUACAGAGCACAUACUCAAGUUUGUAGGUGUAUUUUUUAAAUUGUAAUUUUAAAAUGUAUCUGUUCUUAGCUAUACAGAACUUAAAAUGACCAGGAGAAUAUGUUUGGAGGACGAAGUGGACAAAGUGCUUAUUUUUUUGAAGGUUACUUUUGAGAAAACAUUUAAAAUUGAUGCCGUGAUACAGCUAUGUGAUUAUUUGAUAACAGACAUUAUUGUCAGUGAUGUCUCAGAUAAGGAUAUUCACUGUGUCAUAUUUGAAUGUAUCAGAAAAAUUCAUUUCUAACUGUUCAUAGAGAUCUGAACAUUGCAAAAAACAAAACAAAAAAAAACAGACAAUCAAGUGUGGAAUUCAAGACUGUUAUUCCCAAGGAACCAUACUAAUCUCUUUUAAUUCAUUUUUUGCCAUUAGUCUAAGACACAAUGUUUUGUAUCAUCAUUUUUUCCCUGAGAUUUUUAACAUUUAUCUAUUCUGUAAGUUUAUGCUUUGUUGUAAGAGGAGGUGCACUCAUAACUUGUUGGAAAAGUGUGCCCAACUGGUAUUUGUGUGGAGCAUGAUUAUGGGAUUAGUUUGUAGUAUCAAUGUAAGACCCUUGUAUUGGUUACAUCUAUUCAGGAAACAAACUUGUUUUUUUUUUUAAAGCAUUGUCACUAAAAUCUUUUUCUUCAAUUAGCAACACAUUCAACCUUAGACAUCUUUCAAACCAAAAAAAAAAAUUCAUGGUUCUUGUAACUGUUGCUUGUUCUAAAGAACUGGAACAAACCGUUAUAUUUAACAAACUCGAAUUUAAUAGGGUUUUAAGAGGUUAUUAAAGUAAAUAUUUGAGUAUGAUUUUAUUUAAAUCCCACUGAUGUGAUGAGAAGCAUAGAAUUUUCCACUAAUUUUGAAGAGAAACAAAUGUAAUUGAUUAAUGUAUCUUCAUUGCUGAAUUGAUUAUUUGUGUCUGAUUGCUGAGGUAUUUAUCCCGACCACUUGCCCCCACCAGCACAUUGCAUGUUGAUCAUUUUCUUCUCAUUUAUGCAUGUUUAUACUGACCUGUAUUCCAGAACUUGUUCUACAUUUGUGGUCAUAUCUCUAACCAUAAUUCAUCCUUAACCCCCCACUAUUGUCACUCAAGAUAACAUCAAGAAAUGUACUAGCAAUAUAAAAGGGACACAACUUCUAAUUGGCUUUCCAUCAAAUAAAUUUGUGUUGUCCUUCUGGCUCAAGUCCUUGCAUACUUAACUGGGCAUUUUGAAAAGUUCCUUUUCUUUUGGAACUAAUUAAUUUGUAUGCAUGGCUUUUUUUUUUAGUUUUAUCGGUAUAUUUAUUUACAGAAAAUAGUCACAUUUUUAAAGUUUAGUUAUUGUACAAAUCUUGUAACAAAAACGCUUCCACUUUUUCAUGUCGAUUUGCGUUCUAGCAGAUGCAUUUAUCUAUUUGUAUUAGUAUGUGUGUCAGCUGGAUCUUCAUUAAGUUUGGCGUAAGCCAAACGUCAUAAACUUUCUGUCGGGGAGGUAGCCAUUUUUAUAUUCCUACCACCUUCACUUUUUUAGUAGCUAAUUGUUUAUAGUUCCAUAGUCACAUUUUUUAACUCAUAAAACUUUUAUAUUUUGUAUAACUACUUCACUAUUGUCUAAUUAUUUACAGUCAUUUUGGCUUUUGUGUGAAUGUUUUUCUUUGACUUUUUUUUUUGUAUUUCUAGCUUUCAUUAACAGUUGUUGGUAUGAUAUAGUGAGUGUUUUAAUGUAUGUGAACUAGAUUUUUAAUUGGUUGUAUUUAGAAACUAAAUUGCUUCUGAAUUUUGGUGGUCUUCAAACUGUAGACCAGACUUUUUUUCCACAAUUUGGUUAAGGGAUCUUUGAAUAAAGUUUAAUGUCAUAACUUUCACAUUGUAAUUUUUGUACUCUUUCAGUCAUUCUCUUAGGCCUGUUGUAAUCUAAGUUUUCUUCAAUUUCAUUCUAUGAAAAAACUAAUUGUAUUUUUAACUUGUAUGAAUUUGUAUUAAAAUGUGCAUAGUAAAAAAUAGUUUUAUCUUCCUUGUUUCAAAUAUAAUACGGAUGGUAUCACUGUUUUGACACUUUUUUUUUUAAGAGGUUCCUUCAUUUUGAUUUAGUUAUUUUAAACCACUCCUAAAAUUAAUUUUUCUAACGAACUUAAAAAUGGCUGAACUUCAAUUUGUCCACUAAGGAUAAAACAUACACAAAAUUAUUUUAUGACUAGACGUGAGGUGACAUACAAUUUUUCAUUGCAUAAGUGUUGUUUUUUGCAGUUCAGUUGGAAUUUUUCAUGCAAGACUAAGUUUUAGGAAAGAUUGAUAUAAUAGUU